AUGACGCCACAGGCCGCGCGCCGGAAAGGGAGGUCCCGGAAGCCCCCUCUGUUGCCCGGGGAACGCGGGACGCGGUGGACAGAGAGGGCCAUGGCGUCAGCUCCCCUCCCUGACGACUCGCUGCUGGCGCUGGCCGAGCUCCUCUGCUCCGCGCCGGGGGACGACGACGACGAUGCGGCGCAGGGCCCCGCGAGCUGCCGCGCGGGGCCGGGGACUAUCGGGCCCCCCAGGUCGGGCGGCGCCGCGGCUGCCCCACCGCCGACGCCUGUGGAAGGCAAGGCCAUCUGGACCGCCGAGGAGGUGCCCGAAGGGUCCGAGUGCGACGACUCCAGGGACCCCCGGGAGCAGCCUGAAUACGAGAUUCUGUUCAAGCAGCAAGUGGGGGCGGAGGACCUGUUCCUAGGCAUGAGCAGAAAGGACCCCUCAACCGCCUGCUGUGAGGACAUGCUGAUUAAGAUUAAACUGCCAGACACAAAAUCUUCAGACAUUUCCCUUGAUAUCCAGGAAAAGCUCCUUGAUUUUCGGAGUCCCCAGAAGAGGCUCCUCUUGCACCUACCUCAUCCAGUGGACAUCACCAGAGGGAAAGCCUGUUUUCUGUCUGAACAGGCCACACUGGAAGUCACUUUGAGGAUGAAGCGAGAAUUUGAUUUCAUCCAUUUUGCGUGAAGAGAAAGGAAUGGGCCCCUCAGAGGCCUAGUGGAGGUUUCCUAGUUAGGUAAUUGAGCAGGAGACCAACCAGCCACUGGUCCCAAAGAAGCCAUUGCAGUGCCCAGCAGGCUGGCGUGCGUGCACUGUGAGACCUUGGCAGUCUGGCUGUCCUAAUUCCCUCUUCCUGAAUUCUGACACUGGAAUUUUUCUGGCAAGCCUCCAGCUUCUCUGCUUUCCUUAAUUGUUGCUUCCCAUGGGAGUCCACCCCUCCAACAUCGGCAUCAGAGAUGCAAAGCAGGGUCAUAAUGGCUGAACUGCUGGCUGCUCUGGCUUUUGAGGAUCUGCUGUGCCAUUUAUCGAUAAUAAAAGUCUUGCCCUUUCCUGUC